AUGGCUUCCAACAACCCCCGCCAGAAACGCCUCAAAUACCUUUUUCGUCAGGUUAUCAACGCGGAAAGGCGAGUCAGCAGCUCCCAUGAGGCUCAGCUCUUUAUCGAAGCCAUCCAAACUUACGAACCACCGAGCACAUGUGUCGAAAUCAUUGUCUCCAGCCCUGCUGGUCUCGACGCACUCCGAGAUGCUGUCCGAGUCAACUUGUCUGCUUCAUUCUUCCUUUCGCAUACCUUUCCCCUGUUGAGAUACUUUUCCGACCCAGGUAUCAAGGCUCUCGUUGAUGGUCAGUUGCUUCAGCGGGUUCUCAGCUCACUCGGAAAACCUCCCACGCUCUGGAAAGCUCUCUUCAAACUUUUCCAUGAUCAUCAAAUCCCCGACGAUCAACUUGUGCCCUUUGUCUGGCUCGCUCUCGGACUUCUGUCUCUUCCCAAGGAUGCCGAUCUCAACAUCACAGACGAUGUCAAAACUCUCGUUGAAGGCACACGGCUGUCUCAAGCCGAGGACCACGACAUCCGCGGCCGACACGACAACGACUUUGCUUCUUUCAGGGAUAUUCUUAUCUACCCUACCGAGGACGAGUUUCUCUCCAUGCAUCAACCCUUCUACCGUACUGCAAAGGAGGUGGCUGAUGCUCCCGUAGAAUCCCGUGCUGCCGUCCAUCUAGACAAUCAGUUCAGGCUUUUACGGGAGGACAUGCUUGCCGAGUUGCGUGAGGACCUACAAGUCACAGUCGGGAAAAGGAGAGGAAACAGUCAGUCACUGGUUCUCAGUGGUCUUAUUCCUGUUGGACUUGACUUUGGUGACGAGGAAAGAGGCAGAUACAAAAAGUGCUGCCUUCUCCUUCAGUGUCACCAGGGUUUCCAGGUUCUCGAUGGACUGGGAGAAGACGACCGAAGAAGGUUUUUUCGGAAUGAAACCGCCUUCCUUCGUCAUCAGUCAUUCGGAGCACUUAGCCGCGGUAAGGAUGUCAUCGGGUUCGCCUUCCUCAAUAGGGACAUCACCUUUUUAGCUCAGUCGCCACCUAUCAUCCCACUGCAGUUCACAGAUAGUCGAAGUCUUGGACGAGCCCUGUUGGCCUUACGGCUAACAAACCCUGCCUGCAUUCAAUUCACUCCGGUAGAUACGCCGGUAUUUGCUUACGAGCCCGUGCUGAGGGGCCUCCAGGCAACGGCCGAGCUACCAUUACAAGAAUUUCUCGUCAACCCUACUGCGGAGAGCCUUAAUUUUGAGCAGGUGCCGGAGCUUCAAGACUUCGUCGGAGAACUGGUGGAGGUCCACAACGCGUUGACGGACGAUGGCUCUGCUUCCCUGGACGAAGAUGUUUGCGUAGACAAGUCUCAACUGGAGUCGUUGGUUCAUGCUCUCACGAGACCGAUUAGUCUUAUACAGGGGCCACCAGGCACGGGAAAGUCAUUCAUUGGUGCACAGAUUGCAAAGUAUUUGUUUCAGGCAGGACAAAGGAUUCUUGUGAUUAGCUUCACCAACCAUGCCCUGGAUCAGUUCCUCGAAGAUCUCAUCGAUAACGCCCAUAUUCCAGAAGAUGACAUUGUGCGUUUAGGCGCAUGGAGCAAAUGUACCCCAAGAACCGAGGCUCUCCUCCUUGCCAAGCAGCAAGGCAACUAUCGACGUUCGCGAGAUGCAUGGACCAUCAUAAACAAGCUGCGAGAAGCCAUGAAGGGAUCCAUCGUGGACCUGAGAAGAGCAUUUCACAACUAUCGAACGACCAUCGUCACCUGGGAUGAAAUCGCUGAAUUUCUUGAAUUUUCGGACGAGUACACUCAGUUUUACAAGGCCCUAAUCGUGCCUACACCAGAAGAACUGGGUUGGGAGCGUGUUGGGGAGCGUUCUGGGAAGCGACGAAAACAGGUGAAGAAGGACUAUCUAUAUCAGAGAUGGAGCGCUGGCCAGAACCCGGGAAUCUUCACUCACGAUAUUCCUGUUGAGUGCAGCCCAAUCUGGGAUAUGAAGCAAGAAGACAGGGAGAAUCACUUGAACAAGUGGAUGAAGGCACUCAUCGGGGAGCGUCUUGAAACGGUUGAGGAGCAGGUCCGACAGUUCAACGACAGUCAUGAACAGACCGAGGCGCAGUUCAAUGAGGCAGACGCGCACAUCGUGCGCCAAAAGAUGGUUAUCGGAUGUACCACCACGGCAGCAGCUAAACACUCGGGUCUGAUACGGGCCGCUAUGCCAGAUGUGGUUCUCGUGGAAGAGGCUGGAGAGAUUUUGGAGAGUCAUGUCCUCACAGCUCUGGCAUCUUCGGUCAAACAACUCGUGUUGAUUGGUGACCAUAAACAGCUUCGACCUAAAAUCAACAACUACGCCUUGUCGGUAGAGAGGGGUGACGGCUUUGAUCUGAACCGCUCCCUCUUCGAACGUCUCAUCCUCGAGGGAGCACCACACACCACUCUACGAAAGCAGCACCGCAUGGUUCCCGAGAUAUCUUUGUUUCCCCGCGAACUCACGUACCCGGAUUUGCUGGAUGGCCCAGGGACCAGUGGUCGACUGCCUGUACGAGGCUUCAGGACCGAGUAUUUCGUCAACCACAACAAGCCAGAGGACUCGGAUAGGGCGUUACGAGAGCGCCGUGACCCAGGAAUGAAGGAAAGCAAGAAGAACUCGCACGAAGCGUACAUAAUACUAAGCUACCUGAGAUACCUCGGCCAACAGGGUUAUUCUACAGACCAAAUCGUGAUCCUGACUCCAUACCUAGGACAGUUGAGGGUCUUGCGGGAUCUUCUCCAAAGGCACCAACAUGAUGCAGCAUUGAGCGAAAUGGACAAGAAGGAAUUGAUUCGCGCAGGGUUGAUGUCUGAAGCAGCUGCAAAAGUUGACAAGAAGCCACUCCGGAUCUCAACCAUUGACAACUAUCAGGGCGAGGAGAGCGACAUCAUCAUUGUCUCCCUGACUCGAAGCAACGAUACGGGGGAUAUCGGGUUUCUCUCUGCUCCAGAGCGCCUCAAUGUCCUCAUCACAAGAGCGAGGGAUUGUCUGAUCAUGAUCGGAAACAUGGACACAUUCAUGAACAGCAAGAAGGGAGCUACGACGUGGCGACCGUUCUUUGAGUUACUCAAGGCUCACAGCCAUUUCAAUGCAUUGCUCAAAUGUGGUGUGCAUAAAUGCACAUUUCGUUGCCACCGCGUUACGGACCACAGCCGAGCCGACUGUUUCGAGGUGGUGAUGAAGGUCUGCCCAAGACAACACAAGAACAAGGUGCGUUGUGUGCGACAAGACGAAGACUGUCGAGAUUGUAUACGGGAGGACAAGGAACACGAGCGCCGAAUCAAGCGAGAUCUGAAGCUUGAAGAAGACCGCGUCCGUCAACAGGUGGCGUACAACAAGCAGCUUCAAGACCUCCAGGAUGAGCUAGAACACGAACGUCGGGUCAACAAGUACAAAGCAGAUGAGUUGGCUAUGCAGCAGACGCUAGAACAGCGACGGAGAGAGCUUGAAGCUCUCAAGGAAUCCCGAGCCCGGGCCGAAGAGCAACAACAGGGGCAGAUUAAGAUCGCUCUUCGAGUUGCUGAAAAGGCCAGAAUUCGGACAGAGAGAAAUUCGCAGGCCACAGCCGUGGUGGAUUCACACGAUACCCUUGCGGACCUUCCUGACACUGCUGAAGCCGAGUGGAACCAUUUGAAAGAGUUUGAGAAUGCAUUCAGCAAGCCCAUGGAUAUACUGAUGUCCAUGAUAGGGCUGGAAGACGUCAAACAGGAGUUUCUUUCCAUCAAAUCCAAGGUAGACACUGCGGUCCGUCAAGGCAUCUCUCUGACUGAAGAGCGCUUUAGCUGCUCUAUGCUUGGGAACCCUGGGACAGGCAAAACCACUGUGGCAAGAUUGUAUGCCGAGUUUCUCACCGACGUUGGCGUCAUUCCAGGAAAACACUUUGCGGAAACCACCGGAGCGGGGCUCGCUCAUGGCGGUGUUUCCGGGUGCAAGAAGUUGAUCGACAAGAUUCUCAACGAUGGCGGAGGAGUUCUCUUCAUUGAUGAGGCAUAUCAGUUGACAUCUGGCAAUAACCCCGGCGGUGGCAGUGUGUUGGACUACCUUCUCGCCGAAGUCGAAAAUCUGAGAGGCAAGCUCGUCUUUGUCCUUGCUGGCUACAGCAAACAAAUGGAAAGCUUCUUCGCCCACAAUCCAGGCCUUCCAAGUCGGUUCCCGAUUGACAUGAGCUUCGCAGACUACACGGACGAUGAGCUUCUAAGGAUCUUCGAGCUCAAGGUGAACAAGAAGUACAAAAACGCGAUGGACUGCGAGGACGGACUGCGAGGCCUUUACUGCCGGAUCAUUGCCAGGCGGAUUGGGCGAGGACGAGGCAAGGAAGGCUUUGGCAAUGCUCGCACUGUCGAGAACAACAUUGACAUUAUCUCCCGAAGACAGGCAAACAGGAUCAGGCGGGAGCGCAAAGCAGGAAAGACCAAUGUCGAUGAUUUGUUCUUUACCAAGGAGGAUCUCAUUGGCCCAGAACCAGCCGAAGCCCUCAACAAAUGCCAGGCCUGGAAGAAGCUGCAGCAGCUUAUUGGUCUUGCGUCUGUCAAGGAAGCAGUCAAAGCGCUUGUUGACAGCAUCCAGCAGAAUUACAAGAGAGAGUUAGCCGAGCAGCCACCUAUUCAGUACUCCCUCAACAAAGUCUUCCUGGGGAAUCCGGGAACUGGCAAAACGACGGUAGCCAAACUGUAUGGAGAGAUCCUCGCUGCACUCGGGUUGCUUUCCAAAGGUGAAGUGGUCGUCAAGAAUCAGUCUGACUUUGUUGGCGGCGCCCUUGGGCAGUCAGAACAACAGACUAAAGGCAUCCUCGCUGCAACUCUGGGCAAGGUUCUGGUCAUCGACGAGGCCUACGGCCUUUACGGCGGGGGAUCCACUUCCGAUCCAUACAAGACGGCCGUCAUCGACACCAUUGUGGCAGAGGUUCAAAGCGUUCCAGGUGACGACCGGUGCGUCUUGCUGCUGGGCUAUAAGGAACAGAUGGAAACAAUGUUCCAAAACGUCAAUCCUGGUCUUGCCCGCCGCUUUCCCAUUGCUUCAGGGUUCGACUUCGAAGAUUUCUCGGAUGAGGAGCUUCGCAAGAUCUUCGAUCUCAAGAUCAAGCAGCAAGGCUAUCAGGCCACUCCUAAGGCCACGGCGGUGGCAAUGGACAUCUUGAAGCGGACUCGGAACCGACCAAACUUUGGCAACGCCGGUGAAAUCGACAUCUUGCUGGAUGCUACGAAGGCUCGUCAUCAGCGACGAUUCUCCAAGGGGCAAGCACAGCCGGAGACACUUGAACCUCAAGACUUUGAUCCAGACUUCGACAGGGCUUCGAGGUCGGAGACCAACAUCCGGAAGCUUUUCGAGGGUUCAGUGGGCUCUGAGGAUGUCAUCACUUUGCUGGAGCGCUACCAGGAGACGGUGCGAAUAUUCAAGUCCCUUGACAUGGAUCCCAAGGAGAACAUCCCCUUCAAUUUCCUCUUCAGAGGGCCUCCUGGUACCGGCAAGACUACUACUGCUAAGAAAAUGGGCAAGGUCUUUUAUGACAUGGGCUUCCUGUCUACCGCUGAGGUGGUUGAAUGUUCUGCAACUGAUAUGAUCGGGCAGUAUGUUGGACAAACCGGCCCGAAGGUAACCAGUCUUUUGGACAAGGCACUUGGGAGAGUCCUUUUCAUCGACGAGGCCUAUCGAUUGGCCGACGGACCGUAUGCCAAGGAGGCUAUGGAUGAGCUGGUUGAUUCGGUUACCAAAGAUCGGUACUACAAGAAGCUGAUCAUCAUCCUCGCUGGCUACGAGGCAGACAUCAAUCGCUUGAUGUCAGUCAACACUGGCUUAACGUCCCGUUUCCCCGAGGUCAUCAACUUCCGAGCACUUUCCCCAGAAGAGUGUAUUCAAUUGCUGAGCAGACUGCUUGAGAAACAACAAGGCGUCCUCAAGUCCAAAGGCAAGGAGCUUGAUCUCUCCUGCCUGACGAACCCAAAACCUAUCUUCAAGAAAUCGAUGUUUUUGCGCUGCAAGGAAGGCCUCGCCAAGGGGCACAUCGUCCUCACCGAGGAGAUCGUCAGGCAGGAACUUAGAGGGGUCAUGACCGAGCGAGCUUCGCGAAGCAAGGCGGCGGGAGCGGCAACCGGCGCACCAACUGGCUUGCCUGAUGGCUUGCAGCAGUUCUUCCAGCCCCCACCACAGCAAAAUCAACCAUCUUUCAACAUCUCUACGGCAACUUCUACCUCGUUCUCACAAGGGCAAUUCCGUGUCGUCGAAGAGAUAUUCUCAGAAGAUGAAGAGGAGGAACAAGAGCCUGCGCCCGCUCCCGUCGAGACUCGAAAGCAAACAGCCGACUCCAACUCCAAGUACGCAGCCCAGCGCGACGCAGGAGUAAGUGAUGCAGUUUGGGAACAGCUCCAGCGCGACCGCAAGGCCGAGGAGGAGCAGGAAGAGGAAUACGAGCGGCUGAAAGAGGAAGCGAAGAAGGCUUCAGAUGCGGCCCGGGACAAGAUUGUGAAGAGGCUGCUGGAGGAAGAGGCCAGGAGGAAAAGGGAGCAAGAGAUGCAGAUGAAGUUAAAGAUGAUGGGGGCUUGUCCAAUGGGGUUUAACUGGAUCAAGCAAUCGGGCGGGUAUAGAUGCGCUGGAGGAAGCCAUUGGAUGGGGGAUGCGGUGUUGGGGGUGAACUGA